AGAAAGAGAAGAAAUAUGGACUCAAAAUGGUUCUUGAUCGUUUUCCUUGCAUUCUUGGUAGUGUUGCCAAGCAUUGUCAAUCCAUACCGCAAGAGUGUAACAAUAACAAACAAAGAGCCAUCACUCGAUAUCUAUCAUCUUAAGAGAAUAUUUAGACAAGGUGCUUCAUCGAACAACAACUUAAACAUUGCGUCUCUGUUGACUCAAUCCUACUCAAAUAUCCUAUCUCAUUCAUCAUCAUCGAGCUCAAGCAGUUCAUCAUCUUCAUCAUCAUCUUCAUCAUCUUCAUCUUCAUCAUCAUCAUCAUCCUCAUCAUCCUCAUCAUCAUCAUCAAGCAGCAGCAGCAGCAGCUCAUCCAGCAGCUCGAGCUCAUCCAGCAGCUCGAGCUCUUCAAGCAGCUCUUCAUCGUCAAGCAGCUCCUCGUCAUCAAGCUCUUCAUCGUCAAGCAGCUCAUCCUCUAGCUCGUCUUCAAGCAGCUCUUCGUCAUCAAGCUCUUCGUCGUCAAGCAGCUCCUCGUCGUCAAGUUCUUCAUCGAGCUCUUCAAGCAGCUCCUCGUCAUCAAGCAGCUCUUCGUCAUCAAGCUCGUCUAGCAGCUCUUCGUCGUCAAGCAGCUCUUCAUCGUCAAGCUCAUCGUCAAGCAGCUCUUCGUCGUCUUCAAGCAGCUCUUCAUCAAGCAGCUCCUCAUCGUCAAGCAGCUCUUCCUCUAGCUCGUCGUCAAGCAGCUCUUCAUCUAGCUCAAGCUCAUCUUCGAGCUCCUCAUCGUCCAGCAGCAGCUCWUCAUCAUCWUCAUCWUCAUCWUCAUCWUCAUCAUCMUCWUCWUCAUCYUCAUCYUCAUCAUCMUCUUCAUCAAUCUCAUCUUCAUCA